UGAGGCGAUUCAGGCGUCGCUAACGAGUGAAUGGUCAACGCGUUUCUCGCGCUGGCAGUUUUUCCCUCAUUUCCUUCUCUUGACUAAAAAAUGACUCCAAAGGGACUUUUACAUCUACUGUGCAAAUAUUUCCUUUGUAGCGAUUCCUUAACGGCGCCGGCCGUCAUUCCCGACUCCAGCGGGCGGUUUGAAAGCGCGAUUCGAAAACGGCUACUUCGCAUUCGACCGUGAGGGCAAAGCAUCAAAAGAUCCUCUUUGAAUUUGUUGCCAGUGACUUGAACAGUGAUGAAGUCACCAAUGACCAAAUAUCACAUCUUUUUGCCAAGUGGUUUGGGAUCACCACAAAAAUGGCCUUAAGUCCCGAUGGUGGCGGAGGAGUAGAAAAAUAAUCCGUCCCCCGACGAGGAAACGUGUCCGAGUCGGCAGCGAAGGGGCAGAAGCAAAGAUGGUGGGGUGACUCCGACCCGGACUCGUUCGUACCUUUUGGGGUCGCUUUGCGGUAAUGCAAAAGGCGGACGAAAGGAAGUCGCCGGACCAUCCGACCCUCGGUGAAGCGACUGGGCUCAAGGGCAGGACUCGGUUCUAAGAUUGUGGCAGAACCGCUCAAGGCGAUUCGAACUGGCGGGGGCCUGUUCGGAAUCAGAAUCAACCGCAUUCAGACCACCCGCGCGCACCUCGGAGGAUUCUCCGCUUGCGCUCGAUGUCGACGCUUUGCCGUCGACAAGUUUUUGCGAGGUUGAUGCGGAAAAGGUUGACUCUGCAGAAGUUCGGCCAUUUCAUCCCGGCCGUCUUUGGGCGAGAUGCGGGGCUCGCCCGGCCAAUCAAUCGCAGGCGUUCGCAUCCGCGCCUCAGCGUGCUCCUUUUGUCCCGGUGGGAAGAAAGCGCAGAACCCAGACAAAAGCCCGUCGGGACCGGGAAGAACAAGCCGGGUCCUCGGAACUGUGAGGCCGAUUUGCCAACCGGGUUCUGUAUUCACGUGAUUUUUUUUUUUUUCUUUUUUUUACUUGGGAGUUGGUCAAAAAUCUUCAUUUGGGCAUUUUUUUUUCCAUCUAUUGUAAAGUGAAGAUAAUUUCCUAUCCUUAAGUGAUAAUUGCUAUUUUUUUUUUUAAAGUGCCCAAAUUGACAGCAACUUUUUCCAGCUUGAAAGUGUUGCUGAAUCUUCUCUGGCGUGUGUAAAAAUGUCGAAAUCUUCUCAAGUCGUUGAAACUGAAGAUGUUGACGGAGUUCAUUUUCAAAGUGCCUUUGGGAUCAAUAAAGUUUUUUUUUGCCAAGCUUCGUACUUUGUUGAUGACUUCAUCUGCGACACGAAACAAGUCAUCCAAAAAAGGAAAAAAACUUGCUCGAACAUCCACGCGUGUUAGUUCGAGAGAGAGCGCCGAGGCCGAGGCCGAGGCCGAGGGGGGUGCGGUCUUGCGCUCGGCCCACGUGCGUCAGAGGCGGGUGUGGGCGGGGCCUCGCCCGGAACCCUCGGCCGGAGUCGGCGGCGGCGGCCGCAGCAGCGACUCGGGAUGGCCUGCUCGGUGGCACUCUGCUCAGCUCACAGUCCGGCCCUCACCAACGCCGUCAUCAUGAACACCAACGGGCCUCCGGACUUGCUGCUGGACCCGUCGCCUCCGUCUGCGUUCGUUUUCGUGGACCGCCGCCGUCAGACCGGGGUAACCGACGUCGGCCCCGCGGGGGCUCAGAGGUUCUGGUCGUUGCCGCGGAGACCGGCCGUCAACAUCUGUUUCAGGGACCUGGAGUACUCGGUCAGAGAAGGAUCGUGGUGGAGUAACGCCGGUGACAAGACUCUGCUCAGAGGGAUCUCUGGAAAGUUCACCAGCGGGGACCUGGUGGCCGUCAUGGGGCCCUCGGGGGCCGGGAAGUCCACCCUCAUGAACAUCCUGGCGGGCUACAGGGAGACGGGAACGAAGGGUGAGAUACUGAUCAACGGUCGUCCUCGAGACCUGCGAUCCUUCCGUAAAGUUUCCUGCUACAUCAUGCAGGACGACAUGUUGUUGCCUCACUUGACUGUGCAGGAAGCCAUGAUGGUGUCGGCCAACCUGAAGCUUCAGGAGAAGGAAGAAGCUCGCGAGGAGAAGGUGUGCGAGAUCCUGAUGGCUUUGGGUUUACUGGACUGCGUCUCGACCAGAACCUCUCACCUGUCGGGGGGCCAGAGGAAAAGAUUGGCCAUCGCUCUGGAGCUGGUCAAUAACCCGCCCGUCAUGUUCUUUGACGAACCCACCAGCGUGCGAAAGACAAGCCUCAGUUCCAUGUGGAAGUUGCCACAGCAACAGCCGACAGGACACGCGCUCCGCAGCGGUCUGGACAGCUCGUCGUGCUUCCGGGUGGUCUCGCUGCUGAAGCGUCUGGCCCGCGGCGGGCGGACCGUCGUCUGCACCAUCCACCAACCCAGCGCCAGACUCUUCGAGCUCUUCGACCGGCUGUACGUGCUGAGUCGGGGCCAGUGCAUCUAUCGGGGAAGCGUCUCGGCUCUGGUGCCUUACCUCGCAGACCUCGGACUCAGCUGCCCCACCUACCACAACCCCGCCGACUUCGUGAUGGAGGUGGCGUCCGGGGAGUACGGCGACCACACGGCGACGCUGGUCGGAGCGGCGUUGGAGGCGGCAGCGGACGGACACGAGGGCGUCUGCCUCGCCGGCGGCCAACUCCCGGAGGUCCGGAGGGAGCGGCCGUCCGAAGGGUUCUCGGCGAGCCGAUCGGUCCAGUUCUCCAUCUUGUUCCGGAGAACCGUCCUCGGCAUCCUCAGGGACUCGGUGCUGACCCACCUUCGGGUGUGGUCUCACGUGGGCAUCGGGCUCCUGAUCGGUCUGCUGUACUCGGGCAUCGGGAACGAGGCCAAGAAAGUCCUGAGCAACUCGGCCUUCCUGUUCUUCUCCAUCUUGUUCCUGAUGUUCGCCGCCCUCAUGCCCACCGUGCUCACCUUUCCUCUGGAGUUGGCCGUUUUCCUCAGGGAACAUCUCAACCACUGGUACAGCCUCAAAGCCUUCUACUUGGCCAAGACGACGGCUGACGUUCCCUUCCAGGUGGUCUUCCCGGCAUUGUACUGCAGCAUCGUGUACUGGAUGACUUCUCAGCCGCCGGAGGCCACUCGCUACUUCCUCUUCCUGUCACUGGGGGUCAUGACCUCCCUGGUGGCUCAGAGUCUGGGACUUCUGAUCGGGGCGGCCUCCGCUUCCUUGCAGGUGGCGACCUUCGUGGGCCCGGUGAUGGCCAUCCCGGUUCUCCUGUUUUCGGGCUUCUUUGUGAGCUUCGACACCAUUCCCUGGUACCUGCGCUGGAUGUCCUACGUCUCGUACGUCAGGUACGGUUUUGAGGGCGUGAUUCUGUCCAUCUACGGCCUGCGUCGAGAGGACCUCCAUUGCGACCCCGGGGAGACCUGUCACUUUCAGAAGUCCGAUGCCAUCCUGAAGGAGUUGGGCAUGACGGAGGCCAAGCUCUACCUGGACUUUGCAGUCCUCGCCGUCUUCUUCCUCGCACUGCGGCUACUCGCUUAUUUCGUCUUAAGGUACAAGAUCAGGGCAGAGAGGUAGGAGCAGACCACCGGGAGCGAAAGGUGGGAUCGCACCACCAGAAAACACCGCCAGGACCGGCACGGCGAUGGAGGGGGGACAAAAAAACAGACGACCGAGACCGACCACCGCGAAAGAGAUGGAGAACCGAACCACCAGAAACGAGCGAUAGAACCAGUUCACUGGGAAAGAGGACGGGGACCGGACCGGGAGAACUGAGAGGCAGGACAGAUAGGAAGAAUCAGACCACCGGGACUCAGAAAUUGAAUCAGACUGCCAGAAUAGAGAGGUAGAAGCAGACCAUCACGAAAGAGGGUUAGAACCAGUUCACCACAACUGACAGGUAGAAUAGGAAAGCUCACCAGGACUGAGAGAGGGAACCGAACCUUCGGGAGAGAAAGGUCAGACCAACUCAGACUGGGAGAUGGAACCAGACCACCUGGGGAAAGCGGGUAGCGCAAGACUGACCACAUGUACGUAGUCUCUCUAAGCCGGGCAGGGGUUAGCAUGUAGCUAUCGUUUGCUGAGCAGGACCGAACAGGCGCCAGAUUUUCAAAGUCCGUUCGUACGAGGAGUCGCUACGCUUUAGAGAAACAAACUUUUGGGCAAACGGCACCUCCGUAGAAAAAAAAGGUCUUUAGUAUCCAAGAACAGGAGCAGGUCUCUCGUUCCUACGGAGCCGGGGAUUGAGCGCCGGACAAAAAGGGAUUUCCCGUGGCCGCAAGAUCCGGCAAGUUCACAAAAUCAAUAAAUACUUUCUCCAACAACACAUUUGGCGCGUCUGUGGCAUUUCUAGGUGGGAGUGCGAGGCCACAGCAAAACAAACGUGUCCCAAAGAGUUCUUAUCUGUACC